UUUACCUUCAUUUCAAAUACCCUCUCUUCCUCCACUACAUCCACAUUACAGUUUUAAAAAAAACCAACAUGGCUUCUAUACGCCAACUCAACCAAGCUGCUCCCUUUUGGGACUUUAUCGCCAACAUCGAGGAACACGGCUUCUCUCACCCUCACUCCCAUCAUCACCGUCAACAUGAAGAUCAAGCCACCGACAACGAAGAGCCAUGGCACGGUCGCGGAGGUCGCCACGGACGUCGAGGCCCUCACCACCACCGCCGCCACCGCGAACCCACCCCGGAAGACGACGAUGAAGAGACUAUCCACGAACUUGAGCUGGUAGAGGAGUCAUCCUCAGACAGCUCCGACGACGACGAACAUGAUGAGCCUCGCGGCCCCAAGCACCACGGUCACGGAGGUCACGGCAAGCACGGAAAGCAGGGAAAGCGCGGCGGAUUCCACGGCAAAGGACGGGGUGGCCCUGGCGGUCGUCGCCAUAGCCCUGGUCCGGGUCCACGAGGCUUUGGACCCCGAGGUGCUCAUGGUUUUGGUCAUGGUCCUCACCCCGGCCACAGAGGUCCCCACGGGUUUGGUCCUCGGGGAGGCUCUGGACCUCACGAAGAUUUCAGCUUUGCUGACUCCUUCGGUCCUCACAGAGGUCACCACAGCGGAUUUGGUCCUCGUGGCGGCCAUGGACCCCACCCCUACUGGGGAGGACGCAAGCACAUGCGCGGAUUCAAGCACGGCGGACGAUGCGGCCCCUCCCCCGGCUUUGGACCAUGGGGUCGAUUUGGCUUCGACGAGAACAAUCACACUGAAUUCCAGCCCGAAGUCGAUGUGUACGACACCCCCGACGCUUUCAUUGUCCACGCCUCUCUCCCUGGCGCCAAGAAGGACGCGGUGGAGGUCAAAUGGGAUCCUCGCAAGUUCGAGCUCAGCAUUAGCGGUGUCAUUGAGCGCCCCGGAGACGAAGAGCUGCUGAAGACCCUGGCGCUGGAUGAGCGUCGCGUUGGUGCCUUUGACCGCAAGGUGCGCCUGGGAAGUGCUGCCCACCCAGUUGAAUUGAACGCCGACGCGAUUGUGGCGGAGAUGGAAAGUGGAAUUCUCAGCGUGCGGCUGCCCAAGGUCGAAUCGGAUGUGGUGAUGGUCACCAAGGUUGAUAUUCAGUGAUCGGGCGAUAAUCUGGUUCAACUAGUCUGAGCCUUUUUUUUU